CUUCAAAGCAUCUGGGGCGUCUCAGGACUGACUUGACUAACCGGUUGCGAGCCGGCUCUCCCAACCAGCUGCAGGCUAGCGAGGCCCGAUUGCAAGGGUCCCGGCAGCUGCUAGAGGUUCGGAUACUCGCGGGCUCCCUGACCUCUGGGACAGCUGCCCUGGCCACCUGCGGCUCUGCCCAUGGCCUUCGCCGAGCUCCUGGAGCGAGCAGGGGGAGUGGGCCUCUUCCAGGCCCUGCAAGUUCUCACUCUCCUCCUUCCCUCCAUCUUGGUGCCCUCGCAAAUGCUCAUAGAGAACUUCCUGGCCGCCGUCCCAGGCCACCGCUGCUGGGUCCGCAUGCUGGACAAUAGCUCCGAGGCCCCCGCAAACCUCAGCUCUAAGGACCUCCUGACCGUCUCCAUCCCACCGGGCCUCCACCGUGAGCCACACCAGUGUCGCCGCUUCCGCCAACCACAGUGGCAGCUCCUGGACCCCAACGCCACGGCCACCAACUGGAGCGAGGCUGCCACGGAGCUGUGCGUGGACGGCUGGGUCUACGACCGCAGCACCUUCACCUCCACCAUCGUGUCGGAAUGGGACCUAGUAUGUGACAACCAGGGCCUGAAGCCCAUGGGCCAGUCCAUCUACAUGGCUGGGGUCCUGCUGGGGUCCAUCUCUUGGGGCUUCCUCUCUGACCGGUUCGGGCGGAAGCCGGUGCUGAGCUGGUGCUGCCUGCAGGUGGCUUUGGCCAACACUGGCACCAUCUUCGCUUCCAAUUUCCUCAUCUACUGUGGCCUCCGGUUCCUGAGCGCUUUUGGAGCGGCCGGCAUCAUCAUGAUCCCGGCGACGCUCAUGGUGGAGUGGACCACAACCCGCAGGAGGGCCGUCACCGUAACAGUGCUGGGGUGCUCCUAUAGCCUGGGCCAGAUGGCCCUGGGGGCCUUGGCCUUCACCUUGCGGGACUGGCGGGCUCUCCAGACAGCCGUAUCGAUGCCUUUCUUUGCCAUCUUCCUGAUCUCCUGGUGGCUGCCGGAGUCUGCCCGCUGGCUGAUUAUCACGGGCAAACCAGAACGAGCACUCCAGGAGCUCAGAAAAGUGGCCAGGAUAAACGGCCACAAGGAAGCUACCAAGUCACUGACCGUCGAGGUGCUCACGGCCAGCAUGGAGGAGGAGGUGGCUUCUGUGAACGCCCGCAGGUCGGUGCUGGACCUGUUUCUCGUGCCCACGCUCCGCUGGAGAAGCUGCUGUAUGUUCCUGGUGAGUUUCUCCCAAAUGAUCUCCUAUUACGGGCUGGUCCUCGACCUGCAAAACCUGGGGAGUGACAUCUUCCUCCUCCAGGUCCUCUUUGGAGCUGUGGACUUACUGGGCCGGGCCACCACCACUUUCCUGCUCAGCUUCCUGGGUCACCGCAUGACGCUGGCCAGCUUCCAGGCCAUGGCUGGCCUCUCCAUCCUGGCCAACAUCUUCGUCCCACAAGGAAAUCGGCAGCAGCCAAGGGCAAGCGGCAAGAGGUGGUCAUUACAGAGAGUACCCGGUUCUAGAAAUUCUGCCUGCAUGGAGCCCCUUUGGCUGAAGAUCCCCAUGAAGGGAAUUACCUCUUCUCCAGUGGAGGAAGGAGGCAAUUUGGAGAAACCCGAGGGCCUGGCGUGGCUGGGGUUGGGCGGCCGGGGCUCCCAUCUUCAUACCUUCACUCAAAACUCCAGACUCGCUUCACUGAACUGGAAGGAAGCUGCAGAUUUCUCACCUCCGGGCUCCCAGAGGGGAUCCUAGGACACAAACGGAAAGAUCUGGACAGACCGGAGUCCCAGCCCCUCCCUCACCAUCUGCAGAGUCCUCAUCUGUAAAAUGGAAAUAAUCACAGAACCUACUGGGUGUGUGUGUGUGUGUGUGUAUGUGUGACAGGAUUAACAGAUCUUAGCACAAAUCACAGUCCAACACGUAGAACCUGCUGCCUUUGCAGCCCAUGGGAACAGCAGGAACUACCGGGGGCCAUGAGAGGCAUUACAAAGCCUGCAGAGUGACCGCUGGUUCCUGAGGGAGGAUGUGACUGGUGUAUCUGAGGAAUCCCACCCAUUGACAGGGGACUGAGGCCCCCUCCUCAGGAAUAACAGGAAUGGCCCCUGGUUGCCUGAUGAGAAGUGCUGUUGGCUAUGGGACCAUAUCUACAGGAGCAGGUGGGGCAGGAGUGGGGUUCAGCCAUUUGAGACCCUCCUGGUUUCCCUUACAUGUCAAGGGAACACAUCACACUGGGUCUUCAUUUGAGUUCUUACAUCACAGGGGCACCCUUGGUGUCUAACUCAAGGGGUCACCUUUGCCUAAUUCACACAAAACCCCUCCUCCCUGUGCUGGUAGCAGCCCUUGUUGAUAGAACUGGGGGAUCAUGGAGGCUGACCACCUACUUUAGAGGUAAGAAAAGUAAAGCUCAAAGAGGUGGAGGGAUACGCUUGGAGUCACAUGGCUGAGCCCUGGCCAGGUGGCCGGGCUCCCAGUCCAGAGCUCCUUCCCACACACCAAGCUCCUCACCUUCACCUCCAGCCCCGCCCCCCCAGGCCUGACACCCACAUCUGUGUCACAGAGUUACUCCUACAACCUUCCCAGAAGAGCCAGACCCUCUAGACACCUGCCCACUCUCCUUGGAUGACUCAGAAGCCUCAAGCCACAGGCUUCCCAUCGCAUGCACACCCAUUUUCCCCCAUCAAAUCCAAUGCAUGGCAGGCCAAUCAAACACAAUUCAAAUAAAAUCCCCUAUCUGCUUAACACCCUCUGGGGCCUCAUGAUAAAGACCACACCUCCCCCCACCAACAGGCUUCCGGGGGUCUCUAGCCUUGUUUCACAUGUAAUAAAGGUUUUUAAAAA